CCACGUAUGUUUUCCUUUGCGGUACAUAUUUUGUACAUAGGUGUUACUCUUUCAUGAAGAGAGUUUUGAAACGUUUGAGAAGACCGCUGGCGGCGCUGUGGAGCUAUGCUAGUGAAAAAACAGCAGAAGAAGAAUCACCAAAACACACCAGUCCGCCUGUUUCAGUUCAUUUACAAUGAAGCACAACGAGAAAAAAGAGCAACAUCUCUCCCUCUUCUUAGAGGUUUGUUCCCAGAACGAGGAACUGCGUCUCCCCCUGCACACGUCCAUAGUUAUGUUUCUCCUAUCAUACUGCGAGUGCAAGUCCUUCAAAGUGUUCAUGGUUUACACCAGUAGCUGCUCGGACGCUUUCAGGAGCCAGCUCCCAGUGCCUGUUGGUGUCAGCUGGGUCCAGCUGGAGGAUCUGCCCCAGCUGGUGAGGAGCUGCCGUCUCCCGGCAGCGGUGGAUGAGAGCGGGCGCCUGUGCAGGGCAGGACUAGCCGUGGUGCUCAGGCACAUUAUCAUCAAAACCACUGAGGAAGACCCUUCCAGGAAGGAUGUUCUGGAGCUGCUGGGUUUCAAAAAAACCUGCUUGAAGGCCUGUGCGGAGGUGAGCAAGUGGACCAGGCUGUGUGAAAUUGGUAUCCCCUCUGCUGUCGAGGAACAUCUCCUAAAUCCCACAAACCAGGUGAACCGACUGCCUCCUUCCAUCCUCACCCUGGAGCAGCGGCUGGCCGAACCAGUCAAAGUCCACAACGAUGACAAAAUACGGAGACAGAAACUACAGGAGCAGAGGCUGAGAGAAAACGAGGAGAAGCAGAUUUGUGAAGCCUCUCUGGGGCCGUCGUCUCAGACCUCUGAUGGUCUUGAGCUCAGGGCGGCCCUGGCCAAACUUUCUGUGGAUUCAGCUCCAGCUGCGGCCACUAGAGGGAGCUCUGAGAUCAGAAAAGUCAAGACCACAGCUUUGCCUCCACUAGAGCACGUGUUUGCUGAGGGACUCUACUUCACUCUGACUGAUGUGGUGCUGCUGCCGUGCAUUCAUCAGUAUCUGUGUUCCCUCCAAUCUCACGCUGCCAGAACUCUGCAUCAGCUGCCCCGUCUGCUGCGUUGGUACAGCCGCGUUCGGGAGGUACCUGGUGUCCUUAAGGCAGCCAAGGACUGUGGGAUGAUUCUAACCGUCCCCCAAGUCCCCACAUCCAGCCUUCAGGAGACAUCAGGACCGGACAGCCCAGUGAGUCUGUUGCAACAAGAGGAGGAUGAGGAGACAACGCCACAACUUGCUUUCGUUGGUGGACCUCGACCAACAAUGACUAAACUAAAAGAAAAUGGAAUUGAGGCCAUCUUCACUCUUCAUCCCUGCCCUUCCUGGACCCUCCCCUGGGACAGCUUACCCAAAGCGAUCAACCCCACAGAAGGGAAAAUGUCAAAUAUCCGUUCUACCAGGAAGAUGCAACAGCUAAAUAACUUGGUUGCCAUGGUCUCCAAGCUAGCCAGUCCAGGAUGCACGGUUGUGGAUUUCUGCAGUGGAACGGGUCAUGUGGGGAUUGUUCUGGCUCACACACUUCCAGAUUGCCAGAUCAUUCUAAUAGAGAACAAAGAGGAGUCCUUGGUGAGGGCCCAGCGUCGAAGCACUGAGCUCGGACUGAAAAACAUUAGCUUCUUUCAGGCUAACUUGGAUUACUUCACUGGACUGUUCCACAUUGGGGUGGCCCUCCAUGCAUGUGGCGUUGCAACAGACAUGGUGCUGGGACGCUGCAUCCAGGCAAGGGCCGCCUUUGUCAUUAGUCCUUGUUGCUACGGCUUCAUCCAGAACGCCGUCAAGUUCACCUUCCCCAAGAGCAAAAGGUUCCAGGAGACUCUUACACACAAGGAGCACAUGAUUCUCUGCCGUUUUGCCGACCAAACUGCCGUCCAGCUCCCACCUGAGAGACGCCUCAUUGGUAAACAUUGCAUGGGCCUGGUAGACUUGGAUCGAUCGUGGGCAGCAGAGGCUCAUGGGUACACGGUGCAAGUGAUGACUAUGGAGCCCGAGAGCUGUUCAACAAAGAACAACAUGCUGGUGGGAAGGCCACCGCAGGGAAUAGCACAGGAAAUCAGAAGCAGCCAGCUGGAAACGUUGGUGCAUAAUCGGAGCUGUGAGUGUCCAGCUGAAUGUCUCCAGGAUAAUCAGAGUUAGCUGAAGUAGCCAAGCAUCUGUCUCCUGUUGCUUCAUCAUCACUAGCUUUUUUAUUUUUACCUCUUUGUACCUGUUUGUAUAAGAAAUGGCUCAGAAAAUGGUUAAAAAAAUGUCUUUAAUUAUUUUCAUGAUAAACUAAAAGUAUGGGAUUUCUUUCUUUUAAUAAACAUGAGUAGAAGAA